CGUUGUGAGCCAAAAUCGCAGCCUCGCCUCAGGGGCUUUCGUGUUCAUGCGGCAGCCAGCCAGGAGCUGGGAACCAGGUAGGCUGCUGUGAGCCAGCCUCCAACAGCUCACUGCCGAGAGAGCUACUGAAAGCAUAAAUACAUUUAAUUCCGCCAAAAAAUACCCUUCCUCACUCUCCAUUUGGUAUCCCCUUGUAUUUUGCGGAUACAAACACCCCAGGAACCUUUGCUUAACGAAAUGAAACACAAUCAGGUGUGUCAGACACCUCCCACUGUUACUGUUCAUGUAAAAUCGAGUGCAUCCAGAUCACAUCAUCAAAAAAAACUUACUAGACUAAAGCGACCUGCUUUCAAAGACCAUCAAGAAAAUUGUGAAAAAGGGGUUCCUAGUCAGAAAUAUAAAUGUUCAAAGGGACCAUGUCUAGUUAUUCAACGUCAGGAAAUGACAGCUUUCUUUAAAUUAUUUGAUGAUGAUCUAAUUCAAGACUUUCUUUGGAUGGACUGUUGCUGCGAAAUUGCAGACAAAUAUCUCUUGGCAAUGACCUUCGUUUAUUUCAAGAGAGCUAACUUCACUCCAAGUGAGCAUACCAGAAUCAAUUUCUUUGUGGCUCUAGGCCCAUUUCUGGGGACGGGAUUACAUGCUAUGGGAAAAGCACAGAAGAACAAGGUGAUGGCCAUUGCUCCAACACAUUACAUCUGGCAGCGAGAGCGCUCUGUGCACCACAGUGGAGCUCUGAGGAAUUACGAUGAAGCUCAGCUGCCCCGAGGACCCAGUGCUACUCCUACAGACUGCCUGCUCUGCGGUAAGAAAGGCAGAUUUGUACGACUCGGAUUAUCAUCUUCCUCCUCAUCUACUGACACUUUGGAGAUGAUAGAGCUGCAUUCAUCCCAGAAAUCAAAGAACACCUUUUCAACUGAAAAAAUGCUCAUCGACUCUCCUUCUUAUAAAGCCCAAGACUGCCAGAGCCUAUCCAGUAAAAGGCAACCAUGUAGCACCCUGAAUCAAGAUAAAUCCAUGGACUGGUUUACAAGCAAUGGAGAAUGAAAUGCAUCUGAUAAGACAGAAGCAGAUACUGGGGUUUGCAGGACAAUCUGGGCUGCAUCACAACACCAAAUGUGACGAUUCACUUCAAAUUUUUACCUUUACAUAGCGGGAUAACAGUUGGUGUUUCAAACUUGAUGUGAGGUAGAAAUCAGAGCAGUCAUUACUUAAAAGUUACACAACUUGCAAAAUGUAGUAUCU